AGAUAAACCUACAAACCUCAUGGUCACUAACAUCAAGUCAAGAAGUGUGAAAAUAUCUUGGGUGGAUCCUAACAACACAGGAGAUGGAGUUCUUACAGGAUUUCGAACUAAACUGAAGGAAAAGAACUCUUUCAUCCAGAAUAUUACCAAAGAUAAAGACAAUGAAUACGAUUUAGAUAAUCUCACACCAUACACUACAUACAAAAUAUCAGUAGCUGUUCGAAAUAAACAUGGUUUUGGAGAAGAGACUAUUACAUCGUUCUUAACAUCAGAAGAAGGUAAAAUAAAAUAAAAUAGAUAAAAGCGUAGACAAUUCAUAGGAAUAUUUGUCAAUCUGCAGGGUGUGAAGCUUUCUUUCGUUUCUUACAAAAUCAGCAGUUGCUUUUACAUUUUUAAAUAGAUUGAUAGACUGUUCCUUGUUUAAUGGCAUGAAAUUGCAACCGAAUAUUUGUGAUUAUUACAAAUUAAUUAUGACCUUGAUCGUCAAUAUCAUUUAAGAAAGAUUAGUCUGACGUUCGAAUUUUUCAUCUUGGUCCAACUUUUCUUAAAUCUUUCUGUCCGUAAGCGUUAGCCAGCGUGGCUGGUUCUCCUAGGGAAGGUAUCCCAUGUUGAAUUUAAACAACGUAUACAAUUUAAACAAUGUAUGUGGAAUUUAAACAACUCUCGCACAGUGACACAUUGUUGAUAUUAUCGCACUAUAUGGCCAAGAUUCAGCAGAAUUGUCAUGUAUUAUUACCAACCAAUCCCUCUCCCCAUACACCUCUAGCUAAUACAAUAUUUUAUUUUACAAAAAACAACUUUCCAUAUUAUCUCAAUUGAAUUUUAGCUCCAGAAGGUCCUCCAUUGUAUGUCAAAGUGACUGCAGAAAGCUUAUCAUCAUUAUCUGUCACGUGGGAACCUCCUGAAAAAGACAAAAGAAAUGGCAUUAUCGUCAGUUAUACUGUGUGUAUUUCACAUGAAGAAAGCGAACUUUGCUUUGAAAAGUAUACUACAAAGGAAAAGAUGUUAGUUAUCGCAAGUUUGAAUGCAUUAAGCAAAUAUUAUGUUCGUGUUCUUGCAAGUACCAAAGUUGGUCGUGGACCCUACGGUGAAAGUAAAGGGAAAUUUACCAAUGGAAGUAAGUUCUUCUUCUACAUUAAGUCGUAAUGAAUAAAAGAAAGGAAUAACUUUAAGCAAUAUUUGUAAAUCGGAUGCAGAUUUCGUCUUGAUUUAUAUAAACGUUAGGUUCGCUUUUCUCGAUUAGUUAGAAGGAUACAGAUCGGUUGUUCAUGCUAUAUAUUUUACUUAAAGAAUUCAUAAGUCACAUAUUUUCUUACAGAACAACCAAAGGUGUCCAAAAAUGGAACAGCAUAUACACUGACUUUCUCCUUGCAGAUUCCUUCACGAAAUUUCACGUAA